GGCGGCGAUGAGAGCGAAAGUUGCGCUCGGCUCGUCGCUGAGGGCUUGAAGCGGUUCCGCGCUCUACCCGUCUGGGCCUCCCCCGACUCGGACUCGCGCCCGUGGGCUCCCGUAGCGCCCGCCCGGCUCCGCGCCGGCCCCGCGCCCCCUCCCCCGGCUCGGCGCCCCCUCCUCAGGAGCCGCGGGUCCCCGCCACUUUCGCACGGCCCCGGCCCCCGCCGAUGCCGGCCAUGGUGGAGAAGGGCCCCGAGGUCUCAGGGAAGCGGAGAGGGAGGAACAACGCGGCCGCCUCCGCCGCCGCCGCCGCCGCCGCCGCCGCCGCCGCCUCGGCCGCCUGCGCCUCGCCAGCCGCCACUGCCGCCUCGGGCGCCGCCGCCUCCUCCGCCUCGGCUGCCGCCGCCUCGGCCGCCGCCACCCCCAAUAAUGGCCAGAAUAAAAGUUUGGCGGCGGCGGCCCCCAAUGGCAACAGCAGCAGCAACUCCUGGGAGGAAGGCAGCUCGGGCUCGUCCAGCGACGAGGAGCACGGUGGCGGUGGCAUGAGGGUCGGACCCCAGUACCAGGCGGUGGUGCCCGAUUUCGACCCCGCCAAACUGGCAAGACGCAGUCAAGAACGGGACAAUCUUGGCAUGUUGGUCUGGUCACCCAAUCAAAAUCUGUCAGAAGCAAAGUUGGACGAAUACAUUGCCAUUGCCAAAGAAAAGCAUGGGUACAACAUGGAACAGGCUCUUGGGAUGCUCUUCUGGCAUAAACAUAAUAUCGAAAAGUCGUUGGCUGAUUUGCCCAACUUUACCCCUUUCCCAGAUGAGUGGACUGUGGAAGAUAAAGUCUUAUUUGAGCAAGCCUUUAGUUUUCAUGGGAAAACUUUUCAUAGAAUCCAACAAAUGCUUCCUGAUAAAUCUAUAGCAAGUCUGGUAAAAUUUUACUAUUCUUGGAAGAAGACAAGGACUAAAACUAGUGUGAUGGAUCGCCAUGCCCGGAAACAAAAACGGGAGCGGGAGGAGAGUGAGGAUGAACUGGAAGAAACAAAUGGAAAUAAUCCCAUUGACAUUGAGGUUGAUCAAAACAAGGAAAGCAAAAAGGAGGUGCCCCCUACUGAGACAGUUCCUCAGGUCAAAAAAGAAAAACAUAGCACACAAGCUAAAAAUAGAGCAAAAAGGAAACCUCCUAAAGGAAUGUUUCUUUCUCAAGAAGAUGUGGAGGCUGUUUCUGCCAAUGCCACUGCUGCUACCACGGUGCUGAGACAACUAGACAUGGAACUAGUUUCAGUCAAACGACAGAUCCAGAAUAUUAAACAGACAAACAGUGCUCUCAAAGAAAAACUUGAUGGUGGAAUAGAACCUUACCGACUUCCAGAGGUCAUUCAGAAAUGUAACGCACGUUGGACUACGGAAGAGCAGCUUCUCGCCGUACAAGCCAUCAGAAAAUACGGCCGAGAUUUUCAGGCAAUCUCAGAUGUGAUCGGGAACAAAUCAGUGGUACAAGUGAAAAACUUUUUUGUAAAUUAUCGACGCCGCUUCAACAUAGAUGAAGUUUUACAAGAAUGGGAGGCAGAACAUGGUAAAGAAGAGACCAAUGGGCCUAGUAACCAGAAGCCUGUGAAGUCCCCAGAUAAUUCCAUUAAGAUGCCUGAAGAGGAAGACGAGGGCCAGGCUCUAGAAACAGCCCAGAAGGCCCCUCCUGACCUGAGCAUGGAAGUACCUUGGGAGGUAUUGGCAUUCCCCGCGAGUGUGGUGCCACCACUCCAUGCAGGGCCUCUUUGCCGACUGGAAAAAGGACCUCAAGGCACAGCCAUCUGCUCCUUCUGUUCUGGAUGUCAGAUAUGCGUCUGCCUCCUGAGAAACUCUGGUGGCUUUGGACACUUGGUGUGGACUACUGUGUUAUCCGGGAUAUCAGGUAUUAUGAGACAUCACCUAGCCAUCUGCAUCACAUCUCUCUGGACAAGCAGCUAUUACCAAAAAAGGCAUAUACUUCCAGUCCUGUGCUCCAUCUGCCUUAAUUCUUUGCUCGUUCCUCCAUGUUGGCGCCACUUCCCAGAGAGCUCCACUGCAUCUCACACUCUGCCCACGUGCUGGGGAAAUCUCAUGGCCUGCACAUCUCUUGUGACUCUGGGAACCGCCUCCCCCGCCGGAGCCCCCGAGCCCCACCAAUGGCAGCUCUUCCCAGUCAGCAGCUUCAGAGCAGGCAGUCUCCUUGGAAGGCCCGACUCUGUUCCUGCAUGGCCUGCAAUUUCUACUUUGUGCAUAGAGUAAUUUUCAGAGUAACCGCGACCCUGUUGGCCUUCUAGAAAGUUUGUCUUUUUCUUUUCUGAGACAACCACCUAAGUGAUAAUAUGCUUUUUUGGAAAUCAAUAUAUAUUGCCGGACUGCAUCAUAACCUUUAUCAUGCCAAGCAUCCUGAUGCAGCUCACAUUUCCCUAAACAUGGGUUAUAGGUAUGGUUUAUAAAUUGAGUUGGCUUAAACCUCUCCCUUCUCCCUUCCCAAGUGUCACAAAGCUCAUUUACUGCAACUGUCAUCGGACACUGUAGCUUAAAGGGAAUGUGGACCUCAAUGCUUUCUGCCUUCAACUUCUCAGCAUUGUGACCCCAGGGUGGGUGCCACCCCAUCUUUUCCUGCCCCCCAUCCCCACCCCCACCCCCCACCUCCAAGAGGUUCGGCCCACAUCACUGUACCUGGUGCUUGUACAUUUGGAAUUGGUGCCUUCUCCUUUUGGCAACCAUGGUAUCAAUCCCUUUUCUCUUUUAGUGUCUUAUUUCUUCUUUCAAGUUAUUUGCUAGCCAAAGAUGACAUCACUGAGAUUAGGAGACAGGGGAGAGCUUGCUGCAGAUUCUGACAGUGCAGAUUUUAAAUGUCAGGAUAUUAGGAUAGCUGGCGCUGGUUUAUGAAAGCUGCACGUUGUUCCACGUUCUCUCGGUGUGCCUGGCCCUUUAAGUGGCACACUGUAUGUCAGUUUGUGUCCUUCAUGUGCUGAUGUGAUUACACAAACACCAUCCACUCUCUUUUCAUAUCAGAGUACAGGACAGAGAAGUGAUCAAUGUAUUGGUCUAGUGAGACUGAGAUGAAAAGAAAUAACCUACAAAGUGGUCUGUAAUGCCUUUUGGUUGGACUGGGAACAAGUAAAAAUUUCUAAUAAACAUCUUGAGACUUCCAGAAUCACUUUUGUUAUCUUACCAGACCUUGGGCCUGCUGAGGGUUGAGGAGCAGACAGACUGCAUUCUAACAUACCCUGUUCCCACCCCACGGCCAUUCAGACUGCACUAAAUACGCUGAAGUUGCUUUUGUUGUUGUUAUUUGCAUCGUUUGGAUAUUUUUUUUUCUGCUUUCAAUACCAAAAAAAUGCAGAUGCUUUAAGGCAUAAACAGAAUUCUUAAGAAUUUAAAAUAUGCAAUUAAAAUUUGAUAUGUUUUGACUCCCAAGCACCUUGUUUUUUGUUGUUGUUGUUGAAAUCAGCUGAUUAUCUCUUUAGAAAGAGGGUCAGCUAGAAGCCUAGGUUUUUUGGAAUUGCAAAUUUUUUUUAGUAUAGUCUGGAGAAAGGUCCUUCAAAAGGGAAGUUCAAUGGGACUUGCCCGCCCUUCAUCAUCUCGUUCCCGUGCCAGGUGUGUGUUGGUCACGUAAAAGCCUGGGAAGCAUCAGAGGAGUCCCGGCUUGCCGCUGCUGUGUGGAGACAGGGUUAGCAAAAUGACACUAGUGAUGAGGGAGGGGCUUCUUUUCACCAUAAGCCUGCUGUGUACACCGAGGGCGGCGGGAGAAGCAUGGGAAGGAGUCAGCCUAAGUUUGCACAUUGCGUGAAGGGGACACUAAGGUAUGAGCUGAAGCUUUAGGUUCUCCUUGCUUCCCUCAAGACCUCCUUCUUGCUAACAGAAGCAGUAGGCAGUUGCUGCAGUAUGUUUCUCACCCUGCCAAUAGGUCUGUCUGUAUCUCUCUUAAGGAAAAUAGCCUGGUCCCUCCUGGCAGUGCUUGGAAGCUUGAUGCUGAUUCUUAUAUAGCGUGGCAAGCCGACCAGCAGUGCCAGGCCUUCAUCUGUAUUCUGCACUAUCCCUUUACUGGGUUCCUGGCACUGAAUGGCCUCCAGCCCUGAAGAAUCACUUGUGAUCACAGCAACUGAACUGGGCUUUCUCCCAGAGAGGAAGGGGCAUGUCAUUUUGACUUGACAGAGGGGAAAAUGGGAGCUGUCCUUGACUGCCUUUGUUGUGCUUUCCCGCGUAAGAUAGCACUGUGUUUUCAACUGUUUUCAUUACACCGUCUUUGCAAUGAUGUAAAUGUAAGAGAUCACUCAGCUUUAAAAGCAAAGUGGUUUCAUCUUAUUUAUAUGAAGACUUUUUAACAUAUCAAGAAUUAGGUGCAUUGGCAGGUAGGGUUUGGGGUGUGAUAACUGCUUCAGAUGGAAUGUUCACUUAAGCUUUGUCUUCUUAAAAAUUAUCAAUGUGAAUGUCAUAAUUAUAUAUAUUUUUGUGGAAAACUUUCUCCUAAGUAUAAGUUAUUGUGCAAAAUAUAGUAUCAUUGAUGCAAAUAAUAGUUUAACUUUUAGUUUAGAAAUCCUAAAAGAUAUAAAUUGUAUUGCAUAUGCAUUAAAAGUUUGUUUUAUUUAAUUUUAUGUAGAUGUGUAAAGUGUUAGGUAAAAUUUUUUUCACUUACCCAUUUAAACACCUUGUUACUUGAAUAUUGUGUUGACUGGUCUGCAACAGUGAUCCACUCUGUAAUAUAGCUCUUUUAACUGGGAAGGAACCACGCCCCAGCUGUGCUGAUUACAUUAGUGUUGGCACACAGUCGGGUGCUUGUGUAACACAAAUGCCACGUUGUCUGGGUGUACAGUGUUUGUGGAGACGCCACUUCCUCAAAAUGGUUUUUGAUCGUUUUUAACCUGUAAGACCUUUUGAUGCUCACAAACCUCUAUUCAACACACAAAACAAAAAUGAAAAGGUAGUUGGGUUGUACAAGUUGACUGUGGUGGACUCAUUAAGCGGUGGUUUUCUGUUCAUCUAAAGUUUCCUCAAAUACCACAGACCACUAUUAAGUGUGCUCAUUGUCACUUUAAAUUUCAGCUAUACCCUAUUUUUGUCAUUCUAAAUAUCAGACGUACUAUUGGUAUAAUUGCACACCAAAAAUAAGCCAAACAGUGCAUUAUGCUAACUGGAUCCCUGCUUUUAUGUGAGCUAAGGAAAGAUGGAGCCAGCUCCAACUAGGGCCUCUUUUUCUCUCUCGUCUAUCCUGUUUCUAAACCGAAUGAUCCAGGAUUCAAGCUUCUAGUGUCAAGUGAAACUUUCCUCAGAUGAACUCCAGGUAGCUAGGUCACCUAAAUCUAGUGGUCCUGUGUGAUGCUCUUUCUGCCAGUCCCUGAAUCUCUGCAGCUUCUCUUACCUGUAGUUAAAGCACAAUUGCAGUGACGUCGCAUUCCGAAGAAGGAAGGUCAGCAGAGGCUAUGCAUGUUGUGUGAUGAUGAGUGUUUACAGCCACCUUCUCCUAAAACGAAAUUUAUACUGGGGUGGAUAGUAUUCCAUUAUGUAGACUUAUCGACUUUGCUAAGUGCUUUUUAGACAGCUUAAAAAUUUUCAAGAUUUUAAAAGAUGUAUAAGGUUAAGUUUGCAAAUAUAAUGGAAAUGCUGUAUAUCUUUUGAAGUGAUAAACUCCACGUUGGAAUUUUAAAGAAAACAUGUUGUAAUAAUGCUGUUGUAAGUAAUAUUUUAAUGUCUCUCUGCCUGUUUUCUAUUUCAGCACAUUCAUUGUGGUGAAUGUUCAUAGCAUUAUAACUGCUUAGCCAUUGAAUGAUAACAUUUGUUAGUGGAAAUUGGAAAAUUUAUUUGUGAAAUUCUGCAGAAUUCAUUUUUCUAUUUCCAAUAUUUGCUGAGGUUAAAUAAAAAAUUUUCAAGCCAUUGAUGUAAUAAAA